AUGACUGCUGUCUGCCCGUCCGAGAGCAGCCCGGAAGGGGCUGAAGCCGGGGCCAGGACAGCAGGAGCCAGGGGCCCAGGGGCAGCAAGCACCGCUGGCAGCAUCUUAGUUUCCGGGCCAGAGACCGGGGAGUCAAAUGGAGACUCUGGUUCGGUUGGAGGCACGGCCGUGGUCAGUGGUGGCCCGAGGAACACACGCUGGAUCCGCCAGGACAGCUCCGACAUCAACACAGAUGACGAGGGAGCCACCAUCCGCCGCCUCACGCCACUGGAAAGGCUGAACCUGGAUAUGUGCCAGGAUGAAAGGGUGGUCCGCGAGCUAACGGUGGGCAGACGGAUCGGCUUCUACAAAAUUCGGGGAGAGAUCGGCUGUGGCAAUUUCUCCCACGUCAAGCUCGGAAUCCAUGCGCUCACCAAAGACAAAGUGGCCAUAAAGAUCCUCGACAAAACCAAGCUGGACCCGAAGACCCAGCGGCUGCUGUCCAGAGAGAUCUCUAGCAUGGAGAAACUGCACCAUCCCAACAUCAUUCGCCUCUAUGAGGUGGUUGAGACGUUGUCCCGCUUACACCUAGUGAUGGAGUACGCAGGCGGAGGGGAGCUCUACACCAAGAUCAGUACAGAGGGGAAACUUUCUGACACCAAUAGCAGGAUCGUCUUCGCUCAGAUCCUCUCUGCUGUGAAGCACAUGCAUGAAAACAACAUCAUCCACCGGGACCUGAAGGCCGAAAAUGUCUUCUACACCAGCAGCUCCUGUGUCAAGGUGGGGGACUUUGGCUUCAGCACGCUGAGUCGCCGCAGCGAGACUCUCAACACGUUCUGCGGCUCUCCGCCGUACGCGGCGCCCGAGCUCUUUCGGGACGAGCACUACGUCGGCGUCUUCGUGGACGUCUGGGCCCUGGGGGUGAUGCUGUUCUUCAUGGUGACGUGCACCAUGCCGUUCAGGGCCGACACUGUGCCCAAACUGAAGCGAUGCAUCCUGGAGGGAGCCUACAUCCUGCCCUCGUGGGUGCCAGAGGCCUGCCAGAGGCUGAUCAGGGGAAUCCUCCAGCCCAUACCAUCUGACCGCUGCACAGUGGAGCAGAUGAUGGGCUGCGAGUGGCUGCUCCCUGUGGACUUCCCGCGUGCCAUGGAGCCUUUCAAACUGGACCCGUCCUACCUAGCGGAGAGCGAUCCGUCUGAACUCGGGGGCGAAGAGGUGGAGGUGAAAGCAGCACUGGAGACGCUGGGAAUCAGCGUGGAACACAUCCUCAACAACCAGGGGAAAGACUGCAGAAGCUCCAUCACAGGGUGUUAUAGGAUCCUGCUGCACCGCGGUCACAAGAAACGGGCGGCGCAGCGGGCACCCGCGGUCACGCAGGUAGUCAGACCAACUGCAACAAGUAAAAAGGAACGGCUAAACGUGUACCGCAGCUUGAGGCACACAUCCAAACUCUGUCUGAUUCUGUGA